AUGUUACCGAAGCGAGAUAUCAUAGGCAACGGCACGAAGUCUAGUGAGCCCGUUUCGUCACCUCCGAAGAAGGAAAUAAAGACGUUUGGAGAACUCCUUUCUCAUUUUCCGAUGAUUGCUCGGCAGAUGCAGCCUGGCCUGGAGAGGUUGUUCAAGGAAUUCGGAAAGGAGCUGGGAAAACCAUUGCCACCUCCGCCUUCUCGUUCGCCCCUAAUAUUUGACGAAUACGAACGGAAGCAGAAUAACAAUGAGAUAACUGCCGACGAAUCUGCUUCUAUCCGCAGUUCAGCGUCUCGUAAUCGGGAGGGCCUACCUUUCAACUCCGAGGAGUACUUCGAGGAUGACGAGGAUCUGAUGCGUCGGAGUCUAGAGACAGCUGUUACUGCCGCAAUUGACUUGUUUCGACUAGUGGAUAAGCAACAGUUGUCUUUUCUAGGUGCCACCACCGAUCUAACGGGACCAUUGGUGGAAAGGCUCAUUGAGCGCUACGUCGCUGAACAGGUGCACGAAUCUCUUCUCUUCCCUCGUCUUUGCAGUUUCCGUCAACCAGAAGAUGCAGAGCUAGACUCUAGGAUUCGUUACAUGGAAAACAUCGACAUAUCGCAAGUGGGCAUAGUUGUCGAUGGUGGACGAGAGGGUAAGCGAGAGUUGCUACAGCGCAUCGGGAGAGCAGUGGAGGAGUUUCGCAAAAUGCUAGACGCCAAGUGCCCCCACGACAUGUUGAACACUCUACUUCAGACCAUCAAACUUCUAUCGUAUCCUGGGAACUACGAUAGAGCGGGGUCUCUUGCAUCGGAAAAACAAUACGCGCCGGUGACGAUCAACGCUGAUAUUCUGGUUUCAUUGUUACUGGUUGUGGUCAUCAGGUCUCAAGUAAAGAACCUGCAAGCGAGGCUGAUGUACAUGCAACAUUUUAUAUACAUCGACGAUGUUGACAGUGGUGAAAUGGGCUAUGCUCUGAGCACUCUCGAGGCUGUUCUUACCUACCUGGUGACCGAUUCUGCGGGUCUCCGGCGAGCCAGUAUCCGGAACAGGCGCUUAUGGAAUGCAACCAAAGGCGGGCGUGUCGUGGACAUGAAGGCCAUAUUAGAGCCAAAUGGCGACCAGGAGUCGCUAGAUGAAGUUCCAUGUGAGCCCGAAGAAAGAUCCGUUGCGUUCCGCACACAUGAUGAGGAUAAUCUUUGUCAUAGUCCACAUGAGCCCUUACUUUUGCAGGACGCACCAUUCGAAAUGAACGUUUCUAGUGGGACGGCGCAUGAUGAGGAACCCUCCGAUCCACCUCCUCUUUCUCAUGUAUUUCCUUUCCAGACGUGGGCAAACACGUCCCCUCCGAAAGAGGUCCGACGCCCUGUAAAAAAGGUUUCCAUGGAUGUCCGCAGCCUGUCCGAAUCAUCCGGGAUAUCUCUAGCUUCCAGAACCACGGGAAUGGGCUCUAUAUCAAGCGCGAUUGAGGGAGACAGUUCAAUCGAGACAUUAACGAAAACGCAAGAUCCUGCAGGCGAUUCGAUUCCGAUGAUGGCCGUAGAAAGCCGCCAGCCAGACGCCUUGAAAUACCUGCUGAGCCUUCAAGAUUACUAUCCGCUGGCGGAUAUUCUCGAGGACACAAACACUAAUGGGACAACAUUACUCAGUGCUGCUGUUCAGCUUGCUCAUGUCGAAAUGGUGGACAUUCUAUUGAACUUCCUAUUCAGUUCAACGGAUAAGCACACCAUUGCAUCGUACCUACAGAAGUCAGACAUGCAUGGGCGUACGGUUGCACACUACCUCUUCAGCACGCCAUCGGUAAUGCAUAGGCUGGAAGGACUGCUGCCGUGGUGUCAACGCGACAAGCAUGGACAGACGCCACUUUUCGCUCUAUGCAGGUCUUACGAUCACCCGGACUACAACACGAUGGUGAAAGAAGCACUCACGGCCGCUCAAGUUGCCCAAGGUGAUGGAAAGCCCUUGCGCCUCGAUAAUCAUGUCGACUCUAGAGGCAAUACACUAUUGCAUAUCGUUAGCGAUCCGGAAAUUACCAUCCGGCUCUUGCAAGAAUGUGACUGUGAUCCGAACGCAACAAAUGAUAAAAGGUUCACCCCUCUCAUGAUGGCCAGCAAGUACGGCCGCAUCGACCAGGUCCGGAUUCUUUUCAUGGACCCUAGAGUUGAUGUGCACCUGAAAGAAAGCCGUGGUUUGACUGCCGUUGAGCUUGCUAAGGAUGAUGAAGUGCGCAAUCGUAUUGACGAUCUCAUCCUUCUCUCCAGCCCCCCAUCAGCCUACGACGAGCAGUCCGGCCGUGUCACGACCGUGGUGCGCUCGUACUUUGUUGAGGAUGCGACAGUGCGCUUCGUGCUGAAGUCCGGUGCCCCGAACCCAACGGUGAACUCUGCAGAGUCCCGUCCUGCGUCAGGAACAACAUUCACAGUCACCACAUGCCGUCGCACGUUCUCUGACUUCGAGAACCUUGCCAGAUGCCUAUCCAUCGAGCAUCCGGCUUCCUACAUGCCGUCUCUGUCCGACUUCCGUAGCCCUUUCCAAAUUCAUUCAAAACCGUCCCGUUCUGUGCUCCAUGACAUGCAAGAAAAGCUCGACAGGUUCCUCAAGGUCUUACUUACGCAUCCAACUUUCGCCACUCACGAGAUGUUGUGGGAGUUCUUUCUGGUUCCAGAACUGCAACCUGAGAUGAUGGCAGACCGCUCAUACCGCAAAGCCCAGGUCCUUACGGAAUCCAUCAACGACGACUACGAACCCGUCACACCUGAAGGCAUGCGCGAGACAGAGCAAUUCGUCUCCCACGCCCAGGACAUGGUUCGCGCUGUCCACGUCAACACUCGCAGUCUGCUCCGUCGCGGCCACGCUCUCCAAAACUCUGCUUCCGAUAUUGCAGACGCCGUGGCCCUCUGUGCCUCCAUCAUCUCAACCCUUAAGGAACCGACCAACGCUCUACCAGCCUCCUACGUGGACGCGUUCACCCGCUACGCAACCCAUCUCUCCACUUCAUCAUCUGAUUCCUCUCCUCUCCUUCAAUUCCUCACGGCCCUGACCUCAAUCGACGACACCACAACCGCAAUCCUAGCGUCCCUCUCUCGCCCCAUUUCCCUCAUAAACAACCUAUCCUCCACAAACAGAAACCUCUCACGCAACCGCUCAUCCCUCGUAUCUUCUUCCCUUCCCCGAAAAUUCAACAUCAAUUUCCCGGGGCUCGAAGAAUCCCGCCAAAAGUCCGUCCGCGACCUCGAAACCAAGAUCCAGGAUUCCGAACUCCAAAUCGCUCGUCUCUCCCGCGAAAUCACCUGGAACAAGGACGUGGUCGUCGGUGAACUAGCAGGCUGGACCACAUGGCGAGAGAAAGUCGGGCGAGAUGCCAUCCGCUCCUUCGUCAGGGCAACCUUAGUCCGAGAACGCGAACGAGGGAAGCGACUAGAGCGGUGUUUGCGUGGAGUGCGCGAGAUGAGAUAG